AUGGGGGAUGACUCUCCUACAUCGCCUAGCGAUGCCACUCCUGGCAUUUCCAGCGACAAUGCCCCUCUACCAGUUACCACCGACCUCCACUCUAAUGACCAUCACCAAACCGCCCCAGUCCACCACAAGGAAAAAGAGGAGCUGAUGCCCCGCGUCAAGGCCAUGACUCCUCGGCCGACCUUCAUGGAGAAUCUCGCCAAUUCCCGUGAUAGACAGUUCCAUCUUAGCCGACAGGACUCGAGUGAAUUGGAACGGUACUUUCACGGACCCCGCGACAUGGAUAAGCACUCUAAAUGGCCGAUUUUCAUGCGUUUGCACGGAAGUGUCAUGCCGAAGAUGAUUCUGCCCAUGUUACUGGUCGCGAUCUGGUCGACCAUCAUUACCUGCAUUUCGGAAUUUGUGCAUAACCUUGGUAUUAAUGACAUCCUUCUCACCGUGCUGGGUUUCGUGGUGGGUUUGGCAUUGUCUUUCCGUAGUUCGACUGCCUAUGAACGAUGGGCCGAUGGUCGUAAAUACUGGUCCCAACUGAUCCAGACAUCUCGCAACCUCGCCCGUACCAUCUGGAUUAAUACCGGUGAACGCGAAGGGGAGCUUGGAAAGAAGGAUCUUCUCCGCAAGCUGUCCGCUAUGAAUCUUCUUCUCGCUUUCGCUAUUUCUCUCAAGCACAAGCUCCGCUUCGAGCCUGAUGUUGCGUACGAGGAUCUUGCCGGUUUGGUGGGAUACCUGGAUACAUUUGCCCGUGAAGCGCACGACCAUAAUGUUGUUUCGCCGCCUCCCAAGUCGUCUUGGAAGGCCGUGGGCGAGUAUCUGGGUGUUUCGUGGGCCGAGUCUAAUCCCCGUAAGCUGAUUAAGCGUUCCAAGAAGCCAUUGGGUCAUCUGCCGUUGGAGAUUUUGCAUCAUUUGUCUGCUUACAUUGAUUCCAUUGUUGACAAUGGAACGCUCAAGUCUGCGUUGCACCAGGGACAGGCUAUUACUAUGAUGGCCACCCUGAAUGAGGUCCUUACUGGUACUGAGCGGGUGCUGGACACCCCUCUGCCAUCCGCAUACUCGAUUGCGAUUUCGCAGAUCUCCUGGAUCUACGUUCUUGUUCUUCCGUUUCAAUUGUACAAUUUCUUGUCGUGGAUUACUAUCCCGGCUUCCGUUGUCGCUGCAUACAUCAUUAUCGGUCUCGCCACUAUUGGUAGCGAAAUUGAGAACCCCUUCGGUCAGGAUGUCAACGAUCUCCCACUCGACACGUACUGUCGCCAGAUCGCCCUAGAACUUGAUAUCAUCACUGCCGUGCCGCCGCCCAAGGUUGAUGACUUCAUGGAACGUGAUGAUAACCUCGUCAUGUUCCCCUUGAGUCCUCGCGGUAUCACGGAGUGGCAGGAGCGGAGUGUCGAGGAUAUUCGUGCUGCCUUGGCUGCGAAGGUGGUAGCGAAUGUGAACUCGUCGCUCGAGUCUUCAGAUGCUUCUAAUGCUUCUAAUGCUUCUACCAUUAUUGGUGCCGGGUCCUCGAUUGGGAAGCAAUCUGUCUAG